AUGGCGGAGUGGCUCACUUUCCCCACCGACCAAGCCGCUAAGCUUGAGCCGUGGCUCCCUCCAAAGAACCCAUCGUCGUCUGCAGGAGGAGUUGCACCAGGGGAGCAGCAACAUGGCCAACGGCCCCGGGCAACGACACGUCCGUUCGUGACCCUGACCUUUGCGACAUCGCUCGACUCGGCCCUGUCGCUAGCUCCCGGGGUCAGGACCACGCUGUCGGGCCCGCAGUCCAAGGCCAUGACGCACUUUCUGCGCAGUCGCCACGACGCCAUCCUCGUCGGCGCCGGCACCGCGAUCGCCGACGACCCUGGCCUGAACUGUCGGAUCCGGGACGCCGAGUCUCAGCCCCGGCCCAUCGUCGUGGACCCUCGCUGCCGCUGGAGCUUCGACGACCGGAGCAAGGUGCUGCAGCUGGCCGGUCAAGGUAGGGGUCUCGCGCCCUAUAUCAUCACCACCACGGAGGCGGCCGCCACCGUUGAUGAGCGGAAGAGGCAUCUCCUCGAGGCGCACGGGGGCAAGUAUAUCUCCUUGAAGUAUGGUGGUGGUGAUGAUGGGGUCUUGGACUGGAACGCUAUCCUGGCCACACUGCAGAACGAAGGGCUAAGCAGUGUCAUGGUUGAGGGGGGAGGUCAUGUCAUCAAUACGCUGUUGGGUCACAAGGAUAAAAAGGACCUUGUUGAUUCGGUGAUUGUCACUAUUGCUCCAACAUGGCUGGGUCAAGGUGGUGUGGUAGUGUCACCGGCCCGAGAGGUUGAUGAGAGCGGCAACCCCAAGGCCGCUUUGCGCCUGGCAAAUAUAAGUUGGCAACCGCUUGGGGAUGAUGUGAUACUUUGCGGUCAGAUUGGACCAUAA